UAACUUCCGCCUCGCCUGAUCCCUUCCGACUCGCGAGUUAUGGCGAGAUAAGGCGUGGCUGCGUAAGGGCCGAAGAUUUUGGGGGCGACGGGGAGUCCGCGAAAGUAUAAAGGCCCCUGGGUGGAUGGAGGUCGAUGCUGGGUUUCCGAGUAGACGCAAAGGCAAGAUCGAAGACGAGAGAAACAAGGAAACCGCGGCCAUGUUGACAUCGCUGUUCUCUACCGUUGUGGCCUGUGGCCUCGCUGGCCUGUCGAGCGCGAAACUCCUCGGUUCUUCGUUCGGGGUUCCUAGCAUAGACGCCACGUACGACUAUGUCGUCGUCGGGGGCGGCACCGCCGGGCUCACCAUCGCGGCCAGGAUUGCCGAAGCCAACAUAGGGACGGUGGCGGUUAUCGAAGCCGGCACCUUCUACGAGAUCAGCAACGGCAACUGGAGUCAAGUCCCGGCCACGGGUGGCAUGUUCACCAGCACCGGGGCUGAUGACUGGCAACCCAUGAUCGACUGGGGUUAUCAAACCACGCCACAAGCGGGCGCGUACGACCGUCCUAUCCACUACACGAGAGGCAAGGCCUUCGGUGGGUCGUCGGCACGCAACUUCAUGUGCUACCACCGCGGAACUAGAGGCUCGUACGAGAAAUGGGUACAGGCCACGGGAGAUAACAACUACACCUUCGACGGGUUCAUGCCCUACUUUGAGAAGAGCAUCAAAUUCACCGAUCCAAACACGGAGCUGCGCUUUGCCAAUGCCACCCCGGAAUACGACGUGUCCGUCAUGGGAAAAGGCGACGGCCUCUUGUCAGUUUCCUUCCCAAACUAUGUGCAGGCCUUCGCGACUUGGGUAACCCAAGGACUUUCCGAGCUUGGCUUCAACAUCAUCCCCGGGUUCCAGAGCGGUGAGCUCAUGGGUCAGGGUUACUUGAUGUUCACCAUCAACGCCACGACCAUGGAGCGUGACAGCUCGGCAACCAGCUUUCUACGGCACUCGCUUGCGUACGACAACUACUUCCUCUACCCCUGGACCAUGGCCAAGAGAAUUGUCUUCGACGGUGACAAAACGGCCCGGGGUGUCGUGCUGGAUACGGCUGGUGCCCAGUAUACUCUGACCGCGAACAAGGAGGUCAUCUUGUCCGCCGGUGUGUUUGGUUCACCACAGUUGCUGAUGGUCUCCGGUGUCGGCGACGCCGAAGCUCUCCGUCCGCUCGACAUCCCGGUGGUCGCAGACCUACCAGGCGUUGGGCAGGGCAUGCAGGACCACAUCUACUUUGGGCCGUCGUACCGGGUGAACGCCCCGACCAUCUCCGCCCUGGGUUAUCCCGAGUUUGCCGCCAAGGCCGCCGAAGACUACAACACCCGCGCUGCCGGCAUGUACACCAACGUCGGGACGGACGUGCUCGGGUGGGAGAAGCUGCCCGAGCCCCUACGCAGCCAGUCGCUGUCCAACGCGAGCCGAGAUGCCCUCGCCACCUUCCCGGAGGACUGGCCCGAGCUGGAGUACAUCACCCUCGGCUCCUACCUAGGCUGGCAAAACGACAGCCUGAACGCCGACCCGCACGACGGCUACAACUACGCCUCCCUGGCCGCGGCGCUGGUGGCCCCCCUGUCGCGGGGCAACAUCACGAUCCGCAGCAGCGACACGGCCGACCCGCCCCUCAUCAACCCCAACUUCCUGAGCGCGCCGGCAGACGUGGAGAUCGCGGUGGCGGGGUAUAAGCGGGUGCGGGAGUUCUGGGCGACGGAGGCGAUGCGGCCGUUCCUGGUCGGCGAGCAGCCCGAGGCGUUCCCGGGCCCCGAGGUGGCGUCCGACGCCGAGAUCCUCGACAUCAUCAAGCGCAGCUACAACACCGUCUACCACGGUGCCUGCACCUGCGCCAUGGGCAAGCCCGACGACCCCAUGGCCGUGACCGACGCCCAGGGGCGCGUCUACGGCGUCAGCGGCCUGCGUGUCGUCGAUGCUAGUAGCUUCCCCAGCCUGCCGCCUGGCCAUCCGCUGGCUACCGUCUACGCCCUUGCCGAGAAAAUAGCGGAUGAUGUGAUUGCCGGGAACUGAGAUACGGUGCAUGGACAGUAGAGAGGUGGGAAACACCGGUUUAGACCAACAGCCGCCUUGUCGUUAUAUGUAUUUUCUUUUUGUACUUUGUCUUACUUCCUCUUCCCCCCACCCCCCCUUUUCCUUUGUAUUUUGUCUUAAGGUGUUUCGCGUGUAUUAGUAUAGCCCCUAGACUUCUUUUCUCUUACUCGAGCCGCGUGGACUUACACCACCACCUACCUUCCAUCAAGGAGGUUUGAAGUACCAGUAGGGCCGAGAGACUCUUGAAUAAAACUUUACUUUCACUUCGCCAUGAUACGCUUAUGAGCUCCUCCAACUU